ACUGAUUGAUUCUCCUUACAUCCUUCCACUAAUUUGUAAAGCUGUAGUCUUGGUGUCGCCUCACAAUGCAGCUGCUGGGGCUUCUGUGCUGCACGGCUCUCCUCCCCCUCUCCUCGUCGUUCACAGUUGGACGAUUCUCCAGAGAGACCUCUCAUGCCAUCGAUGGUGAGAAGGUUCUGCGACGGGACAUCCCCUUCGUUAAUAAAGAUGUAAAGACACCCCUGGUUGAAGGUGACAUGGCGUUGCCGCUUGGACGUAAUGCUCUGAUAGAUAAAUCAUACAGAUGGACAUUCCCCAUUCCUUACAUCUUAGAUGACAGCCUUGAUCUGAACGCAAAGGGUGUCAUUUUCCAGGCCUUUGAGACCUACCGUCUGAAGUCCUGUGUGGAUUUCAAACCUUAUGAAGGAGAGAAGAGCUUCAUCAGAUUUAAGAAGUUAGACGGUUGCUGGUCAAUGGUUGGAGACCGUAAAGGUCAGCAGCUUUCUCUUGGUGAAAACUGUGACUACAAAGGCACCAUCAUGCACGAGAUUCUUCAUGCACUGGGUUUCUACCAUGAGCAGUCUCGCACUGACCGCGACGAUUAUAUCAACAUUUGGUGGAAUCAGAUAAUUCCUGGUCUGGAGCACAACUUUGAUAAAUAUGAUGACUCUUUCAUAACUGAUCAGAACACCCCUUAUGAUUAUGAGUCCAUUUUGCACUACGGACCCUACUCCUUCAAUGUAGACUCUCGCUACCCCACCAUCACAGCCAAGGACCCAGAGCUCACCAAAGCACUCGGCCAGUACAAUGACUUGAGCUCUGUGGAUUUGCUGAGACUGAACCGGAUGUACAACUGCACUACACCUCUCACAUUGCUGGAUCAGUGUUCCUUUGAGACGCUGGGGAUCUGUGGGAUGUUCCAGAGGCAACAGGAGAGUGAAUCCCGGUGGGUGCACUCGCAGAGCUCCCAUCAGUCACAUGACCAUACUCUGGUUGGCCAGUGCAGAGAUGCAGGACAUUACAUGUUCUUCAGCACAAGCUCUGGAAAGACUGCCUUCCUGGAGUCGAGGAUUCUCUACCCUAAAAGGAAGCUGCAGUGCCUUCAGGUAUUCUACAAAAUGACUGGAAGCCCAAAAGAUCAACUGGUCAUCUGGACAAAACAGGAAGCAUCAGACGGCACCCCCACUGGCACAGCUAUAGCAACACUCCAUGGUGAUGAUGAUCAUUCUUGGAAGAUCGCUCACGUGCUUCUGAGAAUGGAUGGCAAGUUCCGCUAUGCAUUCCAAGGCAUUAGUGGUGAUCCGUCUCAUUCAUCUGGAGGAAUUCUGGUGGACGACAUUAGCUUGGCGGAGACCCGGUGCCCCAGUGCUACCUGGAGAAUAGCUAACUUCAGUUCCUACCUGGAUAGCUAUGCUGUGGGCGAGUAUAUCCAGAGCCCGCGCUUCUACAGCCCUGAGGGUUAUGGCUUUGGCCUUCAGCUUCUGCCCAACUCCUACGUAGAUGGCUACAUCGGGGCCUUUUUCCAUCUGACUAGUGGUGAGAACGACAAGACCUUGCGUUGGCCAGCUGGAAACCGGCAGGUAACCAUGACAGUGCUGGACCAGGACCGUGAUGUCACACAACGACAGUCCUUCUCCCACAGUUUCACAACAAAUGGCAAACAGCUCAUACCAGGUACUGACCGCUUGUACUGGGAUGAUCCCUCUAAGGUGGGCACAUACGAUCCUUCCUGUGAUUGCUAUCACGGCUGGACCUGGGGCUACAAUGCAUUCUUCUCCCACUUUGACCUUCGCCGCAGGAGCUACUUGAAGAAUGAUGACCUAAUUCUCUUCAUUGAGUUCGAAGAUUUGACCCCACUGAUUAACCUUGUGCAACCAAGAUCUGAUGGGAACUAAGCAUCUGGCAAAAUGACGACCUUUGGCCUGUUUGCUUCUGCUGAAUGCUUCAUUUGGAGUUAUUUCAGCCCAGUGUUGCUUCAUUGUGUGAUUUGUUUGAAACACACAGACUAUGAAUCAGUUUUUUUCGCCUAAAUAAAUCUCAAGCAUGUCA